AUGAAAAUACCAGAUAUAUCAACUGAUGAAACACGAUACAAGGUUCUAGAACAGAUAAACAAUUUUCUUGAAUCUAUGGGAAGAGAUAUUAACUCAUAUGCCCUGGUUCCAUAUCCUUUAAAUUUUAAUGAUCUCAACAAGAGCACGAGGGACACAAUAGCAGAGACAAGAAUCACUGUGCUAGAGUCUGAUCUGCAAAAAAUUGAUCUAUUAAACAAUGAUCAGAAAAUUGCCUUUGAUAUAAUCACUCAUGCAGUCUUCCAAAAGAAACAUGGAUGCUUUUUUGUUGAUGGUCCAGGUGGAACCGGAAAAACUUUCCUUUAUCGAGCAUUAUUAGCUGAGGCAAGAUCCAAAGGAUUCAUUGCGCUGGCUACAGCAUCAUGCGGAGUAGCAGCUUCAAUAUUGCCCGGUGGGAGAACAGCUCACUCAAGAUUUAACAUACCAUUAGAUACAACAAAAAAUAAGAAUUGCAGAAUCAGCAAGCAAAGUUCGUCGGCAGAACUUCUGCAAAAAGCCAGUCUUAUAAUUUGGGAUGAAGCUCCGAUGAUAAAUAAAGGUUCAAUAGAAGCUGUUGAUAGAUUACUCCAAGAUCUAAUGGACUCAAACGCCUUAUUUGGAUCUAAAGUGAUCGUUUUCGGAGGAGAUUUUCGAUAG